UUACAGUAAGUAGUUUGCUGUGAGCAACGAGACAGACCACAAAUAGAUGCGGAAAGUUAACGCUGCGGCAAUGGGAAAACUUGUUGUUGUUGUUGUUGUGGUGUUCAUUGGAUCUUUGCUCAGCGUUGCUGCUGGGCAGGAAUUCAAGUGUGGCAAUCUCGAGGAGCGAUUGCUCUUCCAGAAAGAUGAAGAGUCAACAGAGCCAGCCGAAAAUCCCUGGAUGGGCAUCUUAUAUCAGCUAAAGGGUCAUUUGUUCGAAAACACACGUUGCAGCGUCGUAAUCGUAAGUGAGACUCACGUGCUGACAACAGCAAAAUGCGUGCGACGCUUCAAUGAUCGCCCCGAAUUGGCGGCAGUGCGUCUGGGCAUCUGGAAUGAGACGCACACGGUGGGCGAGGAGUACAUUUGCAAUGUGAAGGGCUUCUGUGUGCCGGGACCCGUGCAGCAUAGUGUGUCACAGAUCAAGGUGCUGCCACAAGCCGACAAGGAUACGGGCGACAAUGAUUUGGCUCUGCUUAAGCUAACGGAUCGCAUAAAGUACACAGCUUACAAGCAACCGCUGUGCUUGCAACCGAAUGUCGAGCUCAAGUCCAUGAUUGGACACAAUUUUCAUUUCACUGGCUUUGAGCACAGUCAUUACAGCAAGGGUAAAGGCACAGCUUACACGCUAUCGAGGGAAUACUGCACGGAACUGAGCAAAGCAUCGAGUCCACGGCCAGAAAACCAAUUUUGCGGUUAUCCGACGAAGCGCACCAAGUUCUAUGAAGGCGCUGCCAUGAUGGGCAUGAAUGUGGUGAACGGUGUGCCGCGUAGCUACUAUUUGGCUGGACUUCUCUCCGAGGUGGUCGUCCAGGGCUCCACAACAGUCUUUGGCUUCCAAGAUGUGCGACCCUGGCGCAGCUGGUUGAUUGAGAAUUCCCGCUGAACGGGGAAUAUACGCCACAGACUUAUAUAAUAUAAUGCUGUUUUCUGUAUAAUCAUACUACUUAUUUUUUCCCAUUUAUCCAUUGAUUUUACUAAAGUCUCUGAUUACAAGUCGUCAAUCGGCUCAAUCGUGAUUUUAUAUGCCCACAAUUCCGCAUUGCAAAACGAGUUUUUCUGUUAUUAAUGUUUUAGUCAUAAGUUGCUAAUUCCGCAGAAUGCAGUUCUGAGAUGCGCCGAGUCGCUUGAAAAGUUUGCCACCAACUAUGGAACUUGUUUGAGAUGCGAUUAAUUAUAUCAUAACAUCUAUUAGAUAAUAUUAUUUACAAUUUAUCAAAGCCUAAGCUUCUCUUAUCAAUAAAUAAAAUC